CAGGAAACGCAGCAGGAGCAAAAAAAGUUCUAGCCCCGCAGGAAGAUGAGGAGCCUCGAAGAGCAGCCCCUUCCGCUGCAGUUUACGACUGAUUAAGGAUUUUGUACGGCAGCACAGGUGCAAAAAGCAAGGAACGCUUUGGUGAAGUGGCGAGUUCUAGUGAAAUGAUCCGAUCUCCAUCGCGGUGUGCGUGGCCAGUUAUGAAUCACACCGUCGUGGGCCGAUUUUAUCAUAAAACCCACGAAUGACUGCACAGCCCGUGUGGAAGGGGGCGAGCUAUUCUUGGAACUUCUUUCCUGGAGGCCCCAAUAAGUAAACAUAGGUGUUCUUCUUGCCAGGGCCUUUGCAGAUGCGUUCGGUGGAGCUCGCGGAUUGAGAAUAAACCAUUUCCACCCGUUCUUGUGAACCUCACUGUGAACGACCUUCCGCGGGAAGAAUUACAGCAGGCCAUAUAUUCUUUGUGAACAAAUUAACAACGACAAACGUGCCCCGUAAAUGAGUCAGUGCUUGGAGGACAGUCCACUGUCGGACAAUAGAAUGGAUAUAUCAGAGAACACGACCUCGCAUGAAUCACCGCCAAUUGGUGAUGAUUUCUCCCCAGACAACGAUGAUGACGGCGCGGACGUGAGCCACCGAGAGGAGACUGCCAAUGGUAAACGGAUGCUGUUUACGGAUGAGACAACGAUACCGAGGCGGCUUGGAACGUCGCAGCCGAAGCCAAAUGAUUUCAACGGCAUAGAAUCUCAUCUCGUUACCACGGCAACCACUACUGCUACUGCCACUACCAUAUCCAGCACUCUGGAAUCGAUCGACACUCGUAAGCCGUCGUCAGAUAGUCUCGCCACUCCGACGACGACGACGACGACGGCGACGAUGUUGACCAUGGAUGGUGGACGCAGUCGAGGACCUUCGCCGUCGCGUAUCGUUACCUCCUCCUCCAGCCUAACUCCCGUCAGCAAUCAUCCGCUCAUGAUGUCACCGACCGGGAGUGAGUCGGAUUUUUCCGACGUUUCCGUUGCUGCGGCAAACCGCAACUAUUAUCACUAUCCGGACGUGGUGCCGGUCAGUGAGCAACCACUGAGACUUGCUAGUCCCUAUUCGAGUCGCAAAAUGGUAGAUAAAAAGGAGCUGCAGUCAGUGAUCCCGGUGGCGCUGAAGGGAUCGCCCGGCAAGUCCGCAGCUAUUCGUUCGAUCAACAACUACAGUAGCAGCAGCAACACUAGUAGCAGUAAACGAAACGCAGGAGAUGGUAAAUCGAUGGCAACCACAUCCACCCUGGAUGUUAUCAAUACUGCAGUCCACAGUGCGACGAAUGGAUCUUCGCCAACGCAACGGGCAGGAGAGAACCGUGAUACCUCACCGCGCCCGGACGAGGAAAGGAUUGGGUCGGAUUUCCUUAGCAGCGACUCCGAGCCGGAAGAUGACGGUUCACUGUUUCAGGCCGCCGUCACACCGUCAUUUCAGUCUGUCGCGCUAUUACCGUCCCCGCCCGGUGGUCAAUCGCAUCCACCGAAUUCGAUUUCACCCCGCUUACAUCAGCGGCGCAAAGUGCCGCUCCCUGGCGAUCUGCGGAUGGAUGAUGCGAGUUCAAUCGAGGAAACACUAUCGAACCAGAGCGUCGAUGAGCUGCAGCAGAAUCUUGUCUCGCUAAGCCCCUCAUCCUCAAUCCUGGACGAUAAUGGGUUCAACGUGGACAUCGAUGAAGACUUUCUCGAUCUACCCGGUACACCGAAAGCAAUCAACCGUGGUGGUGCUGCUGUCGGUGGGGAAUGUAGCGGUGAUGGUGAUCUGGCCACUGGAGGUGCUUUCUCAUCGACAUUGCCUCAGUAUUCCGCCCGUGAUGAGGCACGUGACAUACGCAACUGGCAAAAAAUCACGCUCCCGGAUGGAAAGACGCGCGAGAUCGAUAUGAAGGUGAUCGAGCCUUAUAAGUGUGUGCUGUCGCACGGGGGCUAUCUGCAGGCCGGUGGUCACAACGCGAUCGUCGUGUUCAGUGCAUGCCAUCUUCCCGAUCGGUCUCGAGCGGACUAUCACUACGUGAUGAACAAUCUGUUUCUGUACGUGGUGAAGACGCUCGAACAACUAGUGACGGAGGACUACGUGUUGGUCUACUUACACGGUGGUUCUAGCCGGAGCAAUGUGCCUCCCUUUCCCUGGUUAAAAAAAUGUUAUCAGCUGUUGGAUCGCCGUUUGAGGAAAAGUUUGCGGAACCUGUACAUGGUACAUCCUACAUUUUGGCUUAAAUCGGUAGUCUGGAUGGCGAGACCGUUCAUUAGUUCAAAGUUUUGGCGAAAACUGGUUUACGUUACAUCAUUGGAGAAUCUGUACCGCCUCGUUCCGGUUGAGAAGGCAGCCGUUCCUGACAAGGUGAAACUGUACGACUCUCGGUAAAAGAAAUCAUCGAUUUAGAUGACAGCCUAAAAUUAAGAUAUCUUCUCUCAGCAAACUCGUCACAUCUUUCUUUAUCGAUCUAUUUUUGGCCCUUCCAUUAUACAUAAUU